UUUUUAAUUCGUAAUUGUUUAUUUCAGGGUGUCCUCUCUUUCUGCAAAAAUCUGAGAGUUCUAUAUUUAUAUGAUAACCAAAUCAGCCAAAUCCAGAACUUGGACUUUGCUUCAAAUAUAACACACCUUUACCUACAGAACAAUUGUAUUUCAAGUAUAGAAAAUCUCUCAUCACUGAAAAAACUUGAAAAACUGUAUUUGGGAGGCAAUUACAUCACUGUAGUAGAAGGUUUGGAUAAAAUAGGGGAAAUAAGGGAGCUACAUAUUGAAAGUCAACAUCUCCCUCUUGGCGAAAAGCUUCUGUUUGAUCCAGUAUCUCUUAGGUCCCUGGCAAAAUCUUUAUCUGUAUUGAAUAUCAGCAAUAACAACAUUGAUGAAUUAGAGGAACUGGCAGUUUUGGACAAUCUUUCUUAUCUUAAAGCAGUUGACAAUCAACUUCAACAUAUGAAGGUAUUAAAAUAAAUAUUUGUUAUAUUAAAUAUGAGUGAUAAGAAAUUAGUCACAUUCAUCUUUAUCACUAAAUAUAAGAGUAAAAUAAAUUUUACUUCUGCAGUUACUGAA